GAAAAUUUUCAGUCUCGAUCACUACAUUGGUGUGGCAAAGACUUUCCCAUAUUGUUGGGGGCAGUUUUCACAAAAGGAUCUGAUCUUCAAUGAGCAGAGAUUACUCUCUCUUCGGCUUUAGGAGCAGACUUCAGAAGUUUAUGGAGUACUUCCUGAAAGACAGUGGAGAAUUUUGCCAAGCACAACACGAGUGAUUUUGAAACGCGUUUGCCCGUUCACAUUCCACACGGAUGGGCUAAAAAGACACGGGAAGGGAAGAAGCGUAACUUGAUUAAACAACGGUGAAAAGCGAUCGAAGUUCGGUGUAAUUUUUGAUAGAAAAUUUGAACAAUAAAACAGAAACAUGAAGACGCCUUCGGACACGAAAUCUGUUGGCAUUACCGCUGUAGCAAGGCUAAGCACUCCCAGCGUUCCGGCGAUGAUCGAGUACAAAAAGAUGCGAUUUAUGAUCAUGGAUAGGCCUACAAACGCUAACCUUAAAACCUACAUAGAGGAACUGAAGAGAAGAGAUGUGCACGACGUUGUACGAGUCUGUGAGCCAACCUACAAUGUAGAACCGCUUAAAAAAGAAGGAAUAAGCGUCCUGGACUGGGCAUUUGAUGAUGGUGCUGCUCCGCCAAAAGCAGUUGUAGAAGACUGGUUGAAUCUUAUAAAAGUGAGGUUUCAUGAUAAAAAUGGAUCCUGUAUUGCUGUGCAUUGUGUUGCAGGCUUGGGAAGGGCACCAGUCUUGGUUGCCAUAGCAUUGAUAGAAGCUGGGAUGAAGUAUGAAGAUGCUGUUACCUUGAUUCGAGGCCAAAGACGUGGUGCUAUAAAUGCCACUCAGCUAUCAUAUCUAGAGAAGUACAAGCCAACUAGACGUCUUAGGGUAAAAGAAAAUGGCUGCUGUUUACAAUGACUGUAUGAACGGUUUAUAAAACAGAUAAAUAUGCCCUGAUUUAUUGACCAUUUUCUACAAAAAAAUAUUUUUUUGACAAAUUAAAUAGCCAAUUUAAUAGUAGAGACAUGUAGCAAAUUGGGUGAGUUGAACAAUUUUAGUAAUAUUGGAUUGUUGAAAUCCAGCUGAAACUUGUGAAAUACUAAAAAUUGUGAUAUUUUAGCAAGGUGUAAAUGAAUUAAUGUGGGAUAUAAAAUAUGUAUUUGAACAGAAAUGACAAUGUACACACUAAUGGAUUAAUGCCUGUAACUAGUCUUAGUAUGUUGGAUAAGUAAUAAUUUUAUUUUUAACCAA